AUGCCUCUAGGAAAGGAAUCUCGGUUUUUCACCAACUACGGCGUCCGAAUUCACUACCGUAUUUACGGCAGCGGCCCUGCUCUGGUGUUUGUCCACGGGCAUCCUGACAACGAGAUGACGUUUGAGUAUCAAAUCGACGAAUUCGCAAAGGACCACACCGUCAUUUUGCCUACGGUUCGAGGGUAUCCCCCAAGCGACGUACCACUGGACGAAAAUGCCUACGACGGAGAUGUAAUGGCCGGAGACCUCCUUGCGCUGAUCGACCAUCUUGGCUUCGAGAAGGCAAUAUUUGCUGGAGGAGACGUUGGAGGGAUUCUGGUUCAAAAAUUGGCCUUCCUUCAUCCUGAGAGAUUCAACGGGCUGGUCAUCUUCAACACGCCCAUUCUGGGAACCAUGAUGCACCUGAUUCACCAUGACAGAGACCAGCAACGUCUCUCCCAGUACUCGCUCAAGUACAUUGCACACAAUCCCGGCGACUCUUACGAUCUCGACUUUGUUGUGCGAACAAUCCCAGACCCAGGCUAUCGCGCAAAGAUCAAACAAUACCUGCAAGAAUCGCCAGAGGCUGGGAUGUUCUACUUUUUCCGAAAGAACUUUCCUGGUCCUCCUUACGGGCAGGAUGUCGACACUUCGAAGAUGCAUUACAGAAUGCCAUCGAUUGUCGUCUGGGGUAUGCAAGAGCCAUAUUUCUCAGAAAAGAUGUUGGAUGGCUUCUACAAGUGGUUUGAUCAGUCUGUUCGCGUGGUUACACUUCCGAAUGCUGGUCACUGGCUCUGGCGAGAAGACCCCGUGAAGGUGAACAGAGAACUACGCUCAUGGCUGACUGCGCUUGAGUCGGGACAACUGUGA